AUGGCUACUUUUACUUUUCCAGAACCUAAUGAGGAAGAAUGUUUAAAGUUUUUAUCAGAUUUUAUCCGCAUUAAAUCACAAAGCAAAGCAACUGGAGAAUUGUCUGCUAUCCAAUAUAUGAACGAUGCAAUGGAGAAGAUUGGUUUAGAUGCGUCUGUUUACCCAUUUUCCGACAAGGUUGAUGGAUCAAAGAGAGCUAAUUCGGUUGGUGUGUGGAAAGGAACUGAAAAAUAUGAUGGGAAAGGUUUAUUAUUCAAUGGUCAUGUGGAUACCAAUCCUGUUACAGAAGGAUGGACGGUCGAUCCAUAUGAGGGUCUUGUUGAUGACGACUUCAUAUAUGGUAUUGGCGUCUCCAAUAUGAAAUCUGGCUGUUGUGCAUAUUAUAUGGCUGUUAAAACAUUGAUUGAUUCCGGGUUUGAAGUGUCAGGAGAUGUUGUACUAACUUACGUUGUGGGAGAAUUGCAGGGAGGAGUAGGUACAGUUGCACUUUUGGAAAGCAAGAUUAUCACCAAAGACACUGCAGAUUUCUUUAUAAACUGCGAACCAACUGACGUCGGUGCUUUGACAAUGCAUGCUGGGUCGGCAAUUUUUGAAAUUAACAUUAUUGGUGAUACAAGGCAUAUGUCUAAAAGAGAAGAAGCUACAGAUGCAAUUUUAGCUUCGAUGGAUGUUAUUAAGUCUUUGACUUAUAUGACAUUCUCCGAUGCUAGGUCUGAAAAGCACGAGAGUAUUAAUAGAUGCCAUAUCGGGUCCAUAAGAGGUGGGUUGGGUAGAGAUUAUGAAACCUGGAGACCUCCACAAGUCGCAGAUUUUGUUACUAUUACUGGUGCUGCACGAUAUGCUCCCGGUCAGUCUAAUGAAAUUGUAAUCAAUGACAUUGAAAGCAAGUUGAAAUCAGUUCAACAAAAAUAUCCCCAUAUGAAAUACGAGCUAUCAACUAUCAAGCAAGAUUUUAUGCCACCAUUUGAAGUUGACGAAAAUGCAGAGAUCGUGAGAAUUUUGAAUGCAUCUUAUAAGGCCGAAAAAGGAAUAGAUCAACCUAGAGGUAUUCUUAAACCACCUUGCUUCUAUGGAAGCGAUGCUGGCCAUUUAUAUGAAAAGUUAGGAAUGGAAGGAGUGGUCUGCGGACCAGGAGGUAAGUAUAACACUAUGCCAGAUGAACGGGUUGAUAUAGAAGACUAUAUUGAUUGUAUAAAAACUUUUAUGAGGGUGAUAGUCAAGGCUUGCGGAGGUUACAAAAAAAAGUAA